AUGGAUGUGAAAAGGAAAGCAAUGCUGGCUCGAGCACAGCUAAAAGGUGACGGAAGCGGUGGUCAGCAAGAUCUCAGUCGCAGUUUUCACGCGCUUGAGUUCAUCGACUCAUCUUCGGGUGGAUUUUCGCAACACGCUGCAGCACAGCAUCGUUCUGUAGCGUUACGACGGCGAAAAUCCGAAGCGGAACUUGCUGGUGGUGUCGAGCGCACGGUUCUAUGCAGUUUAGCCGAUGAACAGGAGAGAAUCUAUCAGAACUGUGAUCGCCCGGUUCUAAGACGUCGUCGAUUUACCAGAAAACAACGGAAAUCGGUGACUAUCGACCCGGAGACAAGCCUUAUCCUCGCCACAGGUGCCCAGUCGACAAGCUCAAGUGACGAGGAGGAGGAGCAACAGCAGCAGAGAUCGAGAAGCAGCUCGAGACCUAGCGCACGUCUUAGCAAAUCUCGCGGCUUAUCUGCAUCUAUAAACGCUCUCGUACCAAAGGAGGAGCUAAAGGCGGAAAAGAAGAAAUCACAUCCACGAGGUCCAGCAGCACGUCGUGCUGGUCGACGUAGUGCACUUCUGAAAUCGCAGGUGGCUGCGUCAACAACAAAUUUGGAUCAAUUGAAGACAGCAGCCAGUAGUCAACUGAGACCAGAAAGACGUUCAAUGAGUGUUCGAGAUCUUAACGGAGAGGAGUUCGAUUUCUCAAAUAAGGAUUCGGUCACAAGAUGGACGUCACAAAUCCUAGCCGAGUUGGACUCGCUGCCAUCAAGUUGUGUUGAUUUGUCAUGUCCCGGGAAAAUCGAUAAUUUCCCAAUGUUUAAUCGAAAAAUCGAUUCCGUUGGUUUAACUCCUUUUAUGGAUGAAAAUCGAAAGUUCUCGACGCUCCAAACGCGACCGACAGCGCCGGCGCCGCCGGUUCCACCACAUCGACAGUCGAUGUUCGAAUCUUCACGACCGAUACGUAGCGAUCUGAUGACGUCAUCGGUCAUCGAACCGAUGACAUCCACAUUUGGUUCAUCAACAAGUAGUAACGCUAUGCUGACACCGAAAAGGUCCGACAACGAAAUGACGUCAUCGAUCGAUAGUGUGGAUUCGUGGAUCUCGUCCUUUGAGAAUCUGAUGUCAUCGUCGUUUCAAGAUGUGAUGCGUGGAUCAGUAUAUUCAACACGUAGCGAUCGUAGUUCAUCGUUGACGAGAGAAAGAGAGGACUCGAACUCAACCACAUUGGUCCCAUUGUCGUCGGAAUCCGAGGGUGAAGAUGGGACUCCGCUUGCACUUACACCGGUCCCUAUGGAAGAACUGCCUCUUCCCACUUCUUCCGAGAAAUCCAGCUCAUCCGAAGUGAUGCCUAUAACGCUGGUUGUGAACGCGGACGAUAAAAAUCAGGAACAUGAACUUUCCGACAGAGUAUCCGAUCCAGCAAAGCCAAUUCCGGCUCGUCGAACAGUGCUCACAGAGAGGAAUUGUGCACAAAAAACCUCCCCAGCAUUCACAACGGAUCGUAUUUCCGACGAUGCUUCGGGAAAAUCCAUGGAAAUGGGCGGCACUCCGUCAGAUACGGAUAGAUGCGUUGCGGUGUCGACGAUGCCACGAUCGAAGGAGUCGUUGAUGCCGGCGAGACGACGUCCGCCGCUGAAGGAGACGUUGGAGGAGACGGACACUCGUCUGAGCGCAUCCAUCGCUCGAUUGAGUCGAUCCGUUUACGGCGAGGUGAACUGCGAUGAGGUCAGCUCGGUUCCUCGUCAUGCUGCAGCAUUUAAUCGAUUAUCGAUUCCGCUAAUUCGAGCAGAUCGAUGGGCAUCCGAACAACAUAUCGACCAAAAUGGUACGAAUGAUUUGGAUAAAUGGCGAAAGCGGGCUCAGUGUCGCUCACGCGAACAUCACGAUCCAUUCGGGAUGAACGAGCCGCGAUCGGUGAAUCGUGUUGUGGCGUCGUUAAUCCGAAGUAUUGAGGAUAGCCGAUAUACAGCACCGGAUAGACCUGCACAUCUAACUGUGGACAACAGUCAAGGACAGGACGCAGCCACACAAACAUCACCAUUUUCAAUUUCACGUUCAUCCUCAUUCGAUUGGAUCAACGAGCCGACUGAGGGUAGCCUUCGUGAUUUGAAGACACCGCUCAGCACACCUCGUUCGGAACGUCUACCACAACUGGCAACGGUCUCGAAACAAGCGGAAUCAUCUUCUGAAACGGAUGACGCGGACAGAGAAGUUGCAGAGAUGACACAAAACGUGGAGAGCGCAGACAGUCGAGGAGGUCGUCGAGACGGUCCCAUCGUCGUUGUCGAUAAGGAGAAGAAUAAAUUAUUCGCCGAGAUGGAGGAAAGUAUAGCCAUGUUGCUCGAAUAUGGACAACCAAUGCCAAAACCACCGCCUCGAAGACAUCUACCAAGAGAAAAGUCAAAUGACUCCAAUUCGUUAACGUUUUCGAAUGCUUCUGCCGCUUCAAAACCGAAUUCGGAUUCGUUACCUUCUGAUUUGCGUCGAUCUGGUGGUGGUUCAAGUUUAGCAAUGACUGAAAGUAUUUACGAUAAUAUGCCAAAAGAACGGAGAAAGAAAAGUCAAGAUGUGACCUCACCGAUACCAAAACCACGUAUUCGUCAACCAAGUCUUGGCUCAUUGAUCAGCAGCGAUAACGGAUCGUCGACAAAGUUGACACCGGAUCAGAAGCGGAAAUCGAUAAAAUCGAUCCACAUCGAGCCGCCGGCGAAUCAGCAGCAGCAGUACGCGAAUCUGGUCGCGUUGACGGUGCCGACGUUGACGACACGUGCUGGUAGUUGUGAGAUGUUGGCCGCAUGUCCAGAUGAACCGGAUAAUUACAAUUUGGAAGCGAAAUUGAAGAGUGCAGAAGAGGAUGCGCUCGAAUGCUGUCAUUGGCUAAGACAAGCUGGCUUUCCACAGUACGCUAAACAGUAUCAAGAAGGUCGAUUUCCGAUCGAUAUUCGUAGUGUGCAAUCGGAUCACGAAUUUUUGGGCCCGGACUCACUUCGAGCACUUUAUCGUCGUCUGAACACGUUGAAUCGAUGUGCGAUCAUGCGCAUUGAUCAAGUCGUCCUGAGAAGAAGGAACGAGGACUACGGUUACGGAAUGUACGACGGAUUUGACGACGAGGACAGUAUAGCUCUGUCCGGUAACUGGCGCUAUCAACGCCAUUCGCAUACGUGGUCCCGAAUCGGAAACGAACAGAUGUAUGGCGUACCGGGAAGGACUGUAUGCCCGAAACCGAAUUGGGAUUCGUAUCGGGAUCAACUUGAUCCACGCAGUCGAUAUGAGCUUCGAGAUCCAUAUACGGGGAAACGAAGCGAUCGUCAACUGGAGCGUUACACUACAGAGAGCCCAGAUUGCAAUGGGAAUUCUGCCAGCAAUAAACUACAACGUUCACAUAGCGAACGAAUUAAAGAACGAGCACGUGCAAUCAUGAAAAAAAUGGAUUUAAGAUCUAGCAGCAGACGUCGUAAAGAAUCACGACAUCGAGAUCCGAAUGCUAUGGUGAUCGGUGAUCCAGUAUUGGUCUCAUAUGAUUCUGCUAGUCCGGAAACGAUGAGAAUGAUACCUCGACCAAAUAAUUUAGAUGCUCGAUCUGGUCGUGUCUCGAACAACACCAGCACCACCUCCGCCGCCGCCUCAGCCGCUGCCGAUCGCCAAUCGCGCAGCAAAAGCGCACGACGUCAAGGCAUGGUGGUGCUGUCGCCGUCCUCACCAGACUCCUCGGACGAUUCAUUUUUGUCGUCAAGUCACCGACGACCUACCGCUUCAUCUACACAUGCACGACGUGAUCGUUCGGUUCCACCGCAGCUUAUCGACGCCGCCGAAUACGAUUUCACACCACCGGAUCGGCUUCGUCGAGAGCGAAUGCCGUAUGAGACGUAUUUGUAUCCGUCUUCACAGGGGAAUUUGAAUAGAACUACAACUGCUCCGCCACGACCAAAUCGUCGUGCUGUACAACAAGCCGCUGCCGCCGGCUAUGACGCCAACAAUGGCGGUUCCCCGUACUACGGUAGCGGCGGUUAUUCGUCAUCACCGGCGUACAGUAGCCCGUACAGUACACGUUCAUAUCAAUCACCACCGGUAGUGGCUCGAAAUCUCGUCAUACAACCGGACGGAUAUUUUAUGCAUGAUGUAUCUCCGGACACAUCGCUUACAAGUCUACGACCUCCUCGAUCAGAUUCACCGUCGACGUCAAGUAGUGUGCCGCAACUACGUGUGGAUACACAUGCGAACAAGAGUGAAUCCAGCUUAGAUAAUACGGAUGAGGAACAAUCAUCCGGUACUACAACUAUGAAUCAUAAUCGUAGAGAUUCUGGAGUCGGAUCAAGCCUAUCCAGAUCUCCAAGUGGCCCAUCAUCGCAACGUUUGCGUCAAUCGAUACUACCGUACUCAUCGAAUUCGUUCUCAUUUCUUUUAACUGCCAACCACGUCGGAUCGUUACAGAAUAAACGACGUGCAGCGGAUAGGAAUCUCAUGUCGUCCUCGAUCAUGUCUAGUUGUUCAUCGGACGACGCAUUUUUCACGGAUGUUCAGUUGGCUAGAUGUGUGGAUUCGUUAAGUGUUCUAGAGCUGGCUCGUCUCAAUAAACUUGCAUAUUUACGCGUGACCGCAAUUUUGGAGAAACAUAUGGGUCCUGGAAGUACUGUAAAAAUCGGAGAUGUUUCACCAUCACAAAACGGUGUCGUAAAAAAUUGGACGGUCCAAAAACUUUUCAAAAAGAUCAAGAUGGAUGGAAAAACUGGUAGAGAAAUAGAAGUAGCAAAUCAAGUGUUUGGUUUGCCAUUAACUGUGAUCUGUAAACGGACCGGAUUAUGCUUGCCGAGAACGAUCCUAGAGGUGUUACGCUAUCUUCGUCAAAUGGCGCCGGAUACGGUGGGGAUUUUCCGAAAAAAUGGUGUCAAGUCGAGAAUUCUCGAAGUACGUAUGCUUUGUGAUCGUGACGUCGAAGUGGAUGUGUUUGUGGAUGAGAAUCGUUUAGAUCCGGGACAGGUUCAUGACGUAGCCGAUAUGCUGAAGCAGUACCUCAGGGAACUUCCAGAACCGUUGAUGACCGCUCGACUUUCGGAAACUUUUGCUAAUAUUUUCAUACAUGUGCCGGAAAAUGAGAGAUUGCUGGCUCUUCAAUACGCAAUUCUACUACUUCCGGAUGAAAAUCGUGAAGCCCUACAGACAUUGAUGUUUUUCCUAAGCGACGUAUCGAAACAUUCCGAUGCAAAUAGUAUGCCAGCUCAGAAUCUUGCCGUUUGUUUCACUCCAUCGCUUUUUCAAUUAAGUGCGUCUCGUCUCGACAAGAUCACACCCACGAGGAGACAUAAAACAAUUGGAGCCGCCGGAAUGCCAACAGAAAGGGAGAUGCGUGAGACAAGAGCAGCACAACAAUGCCUCACCUACAUGAUUCAACAUUGUCGAAGCGUAUUCGUAGCCGCUGAAACUGGUCCAGAAGAUAGGAUUCAAGCUGAUAAUGAUGCACCAUUGCUCAAAGAACUUGGUCUCAACGGUCCCCGUGCUUAUCUAAUCGACAAAGUUUUGGAUCUAGUCAAGGAACAUGCUGAUCGGUGGAAAUCAUGGAUGUUGGAAGGGAUCCAUGAAGAUGUAGAGAUCUCAUGUAAGGUGCCAAAUGAUUGUCAUCCGCUGAAACUAUUUCGUGUAUGGGUGGAUGUAGCAGCACCACCGAAACAAGUGAUGAAUAGAAUCAUGCGAGAAAGAAGCGUUUGGGAUACAUCCGUAGUGAACUGGCGAACUAUUGACGUCCUUCAUGCACCGGAUACUGAUUUGCAUCAAUUCGUGCUGAACGACACUGUUGGACAUCCGACACGAGAUUGUUUUGUUGCUCGCUUCCACCGUGCCGACCUGUCAGAGAUCCGCGGAGCGUGUGCAAUUGCAGAACGUAGCGUGCAAUGCGGCGAGACACAGCUUCUCGGCGGCACUUCCGCAGCAGUUCUUGACAGUCGUUUCCUUAUUGAACCAAAAGCUGGACACUCUAGAGUGACUUAUAUUUCAAGGAUUGAUCUGAGGGGUCGAGGUCCUGCAUGGUACAAUAAGGUGUACGGGAAUAUUGUUGCCAGGCAGAUGAUCCGACUACGUGAAUCUUUCCAGUCAAGUUCCGAAAAUAUAGGACCGGAGACGAAAGUCUAA